GGCAAGCAACGAAGGAUGUGCCCCGCAACAUGUAUUUUGAGAGCCCUAUAUAACUGCCAGGAUGCCGUUUGCAGUACUAGUUGUCAUCAGAAGAUCGCGUCUCUAUCUCGUGUGCUCGCUGGCUCCUGCUGCAAAAUGACUUCGUUAACAACAAGCCUUUUAUUCACCGCUGCUUAUCUGGUCUUGGCGCCCAACCUUGCGGUCUCACAACUACAAAGGAAUUGCCCAGACAACUAUGUGCUCUUGGCUGACAAAUGCUAUGGCUUUCGGCACACAAUGACUGACUGGAUGAACGCCCGUGCAUCCUGCCUGAACGAGAAUGCUGACCUGACCUCCGUUCUCACGACUCAGGAGUACACGGAGAUUCUGGCGCAUAUAGCUGUUAACUACCCCGGUGUGUACUGGAUUGGCGGCGCCACGAGGAACCAGGGCGCGUGGAGGUGGGUGGCCUCGGGGGCGCCCAUGAAUGAGCAGUGGUGGGGCGGCGACCACAACCCUAACUCACAACGCUGCGCCUACUUCUGCUCUGUUACUCGCAAAUACUGGAGCAGCACAUGCGAGGUGUCCAAGAACUUCAUCUGCGAAAAAAGUGCGGUAAGUACUGGGAUACCGAGUUUUAUUUUCCACUUGCUUCCACACGUUGUUUUGUAACAGAAACCGACAU